UGUUAAACCAACUAUUUCAAUAGUUCUUUUCCAAAAAAGUGGGCAUAAUUUAAAAACGUUAAACACAUAAAAAGAGCAACUAAAAAGUUUGGAAUAAUAAAGUAGUCUUAAAGAUCCUGAAAUAUUUUAAUCAGGGCAAAAACAAAAAGCCUAUUCGAACUGGACCCCGAUAUUGGUUGUUGAAGGAGCGGUAAUCCUGCGCCUUUGUCCCGCGUAAGGUGCUCGACGGUCUUGUAAGCCGAAGAACGACCCUACAGAUGAGCCCAGCUGCUGUGCCCCUUACACACUCUUCCCUUUUUGGUGGAAGGUAUUUUUAUUCAGCUCGCACUUACUUAUUCCGUGCGUCGGCUCCGCUGCUGUCUGCGGCUCGAGUGCAGGUGCUAAGCCCUUCUGUCGUGCAUGUGCGUUGGAUGCUGGAUGGGGUGUCCUUGUCCUCGUCCUGUUGGUCCUACUGCCGCUGCUCGUUGGGAAUCACUUCACGUAUUGCGCGCUCAGCCGCGUCGUCUGCUGCUGCUGCGUUUUCUGAAUGCCGGCACGCUACAAUUGUCAUGCAAGCGGACAUUCUCCGCGAAGACGUUCACGUACUCAGCGACGAGCGGGCUUCCGAGGAGGCGGAUGAGGAGGCGCUGGCCGACGGCUUCUGGGGCUCUAGAGGAGGUCCUUCCAUGGCGGAUGAGGCUGCAAUCGGAUCAGAGACGGAGCACUUUAUUAGACCUUCCACUCCACGCCAUGUGGCACUUAAACUAUGCUUAAUAAUUAACCCGACACGCGCCAUUUGCGUAUUUGGAUGGCAAACAGUUUGUCUAAGGCAGAGGGAUCAAAUUACAGUAAUAGCUAGAAUAGUUAUUCAGUUCGUUGGGACAUAUUAAUAUAUAUUAAACAUAUUCUAAGCAGUAA